GGCUUUGCUGGGGGAUUGCAAAGCCUGGCGCUGAAGCAGCCGGCCCGCGCCCCAGAAUUCGUGUCGGCCCGUUGACGUUUUCACACACCCCUCUGCGGGUGGAGGGCUGAGGCGGCGCAAACCCGCUUUCUCUCAGCGGUGAUAUUCUUAGCAGUUGUGGGUUUGGGGUUGGUUUCCUCCCCGGUGCAAAUUAACUUUGCGGUGCUAUUUGCAUCUUCCUUGCGCGGAACUGCAAGCGUUCGGGGCGAGGGGUUGGCAGGCGGGUUCCCUGCUGCAGGCGUUCCAAAAUCAGGCGAUGCUCAGCCCGGUCCCGCUGCGUGCGCGGCGCUGCGGGGGGGUGGCGGCGUCAGGGCCGUGGUGCCGAGCGGCGCGGGCGCAUGGGGCGUCCCUGCCCCGGCAGGAAAGCCCAGAGCUGUUCCCGCGGGGCUCUGGCCCUGGGGCCCGGCUCUCCCUCCUGCCUUCGAGGAGACUUUUCAGUCUGAAAUAAGCGUUUGUAACUCAAACCAAAGGCGGGACCUGCCCUCCCCCCCCACCCCUUCCAUCGCUCGGGCAGGAUUUCCGUAGUGGCAAAGCAAGAGCCGAGCUCAGCAACUGCUCCCGUGAGGAGAUGCCUGCUCCGGCCCCUCCCGAGCCCUUGCUGGUUUCCAUCACUGCCUCCGAGCCCAGGGCAGACGGAGGGCGGGAGGGAAGUUGAGCAAAGAGGCGCAGGGCUCCGAGGGAGCAGACGGGAGAGGCUUCAUCAGGUCCGGAGGGAAAAGGUGCCCCUGCCUCCUAGCACGGGCCGCGAGCGCGCGUGUGCCGACGCGGCGCCUGCCCUGUGGGCGAUGCCUUUUGGAGCGGAGACGCUCGCGGGCAGCGUUUGCCCUCGGGAGAUUUGCUGUUUGGUUAUUCGGACUUGAUGCAAGUGCUUUCAUUUUGAAACUCUCGCCGCUGGGCUUGGGCUCUGGGCUUGGGUUCAGAGCUGUUGUACCGAGAUCCCUGCCUGUGAGAGGAUUUUAAUUUCUUAUUUUUUGUUAAAUUAGGAUAGGAAAUGUAUGGGGGGUUGGGUUUUUUUCUUCUUCCUAUAGAGUAAUUUAGAUAAAAUGGGCUGCUGGGGGAUUUGUGUAGUAUGGAGGCGAUUUUCCUUCUCUCCCUGAAGCUGUAAGUGGCUGCUCGGGGUCUGUGGGCGUUGCUUCACACGCUGAUCCCAGCCUCUCUUCCCGUAGUAGUAAUUCUGCUUGCCCUGAUUUGUGUCCACAGGACAAUGUUUUCCACCUGGGACCGACCUUGCAAACGGAGCUCAGAGCUCUGUGAAACUCGUGAGCCCACCUGUGCCUCAAUUUUGUGCUUACAGAUAUUUUGUAUUUGCAUAUAUUUGUAUUUACAGCUCAAAAGGAGCUUUGUUGUAAUGCUUUGAAGUGCCAGCGGUCGCUUGCCAGCAGUGCAGCCUUGGCAAGGGGCAAUUCCUGGUUUGGAGGGCGGGCGGUCCCGGAGGGAGGGAAGCAGUGGGCACGUUGGUGAUGCCCAGCACACAGUCUGUGGCAAACCGGUGUGCAGAGGUGCUUUGCAAGUACAGGGCACCCAGGUAUCGAGGCAUCGGAGCGUUACUGUGAGCGGCGAUGAAUGCCCGUGGAGGAGGUGGCUGCGGGAGGGGCUCAGACCCUGCUGCCACCGACAGCUCCGUUCGUGCUGUACGACACGGGACGAGAGCUCCCGGCUUUACCCGGAGCACUCGGCCUCCGCGUAACUUGUGCUCCCCGGGCGGUUUGGGGAAUUCACUUGCGGGUUGGUUUCUAAAGCGUUAACGCUCCGAUCCUCGCAGCAAUUGAUUCCCUCCUGCGCACGCGUGCGCACACGUUGCAUCCCGGCGCUUGUUUCCCAAGGGAGCCAAUGUCCCUGUUUCAUUUUCAAACUGUGCUUGCCCCUGGACCUUGCUCGUUUUAACGCUGUUCUUUACUGAUGGUUUUAUCAUCUCGGCUUUCUGGGGUGUUUGGGAAGGAUGCUCAGUGCCGCAGCUGAAGCGCACCCAGCGCCCCGAAGGGUUCGAGAGUCUCCCUGGCUCCUGGUGAGGAGCUGGCGGGUUUCGGAGCUGGCUGGUUGCUUUACUGAUUUCUAUAGCGACUGUUGCCUUGGCAGCAAAGGUCCUCGCUUGGAGGAUAAAGGCACUGUACAAACAUGAGGAAGGCGUGAUUUCAUUUGGGAAGGCUUUGGUUUUCUUCAGAAGGGUUUCAGAGCACUUUAGGUGGAGAUUGGAGAUGAACAAACCGCGUUUGGGAUUGGGGGUUUUUUGGGUGUGGAUUUUUCUUUUCUUUUGCUGUUUUAGGUGGAUGUGGUCUUGCCUCAUCAGCAUUAAUUGCAAGGCGUAAUGCUUUCUGCUUGGAAGUUCGGAGGUAACGGGGGACGGUGCGUUACCCUGUCAGCCAUGGCCGGGCUUGGUUGGACCCCACAGCCGCCCCAGACAGUCCCGUGCCACCUGCCCGGCGGGCCUCCGCCGCUCGCUCCGCGGUGAGACGGGGGCUUUGGCGUGAAAGGUGACACAGUGACGUCCCACGGCCGUGCUCAGCUAUCCUCGGGGCAGACCUAGAGACAGAAAACUGCAGCGUUCCUUUGCACCUUGGCCGCCAAGUCACGCGUGGAGGCGUAGCCAGCCGAGGAAUUUCUUGCCCUUGAACCGAAGAGGGGGCUGCUUCCACCCUCCCUCCUUGCGCCCAGCCGCGUGUCCGCACAGCGGCCUUCCUCCGCCAGGUUGCGUGGUGCGCGCUCGGAUCCUCGUGUAGCGCACGGGGGGGCUGUGCCCGUGGGAUCGCAGCCCUCCUGUGGGCAGGCUGAGCGCUCCCUGCCGGGAAAGCGAAAGGUCUGAGCUGGCACCUCAGAGUUAGCUGGGAACCAGGGGAAAAAAGGUCAUGCAAACACGAGGGGGCGGGACUGGAGCCCUCGCGCAAGUUAUUUCGGCCUGCUCAGUCGUGUGCUGUGGGUAUUUUGAGAUACGGGGUUUAUGUGGUGUCAUUAUCACAGUGCAGUUGGUAUUAUUGCGAUAAUCACGCUGUUUUUUAUAAUUCGUUAUCAGAUACAGGGUCCUUAACGAAGCAACCUGCUGCGGAUGGAGGCAGCGUUUUAGUGGCCCGGCCCGAGCCGACGACCCGUAUCAAAGCUGGGGAGGUUUGGGUGCGCGCCCGUCCCCCUGCCCGUCCCCAUGACCUGCUGGGGCAGUGGGACCAAGCUCAGCCUGCGGAGCGUCCCGGCAGCAGCCGAUGCCCAUCCCCACCUUCUGUGCACGGGAGAGGACCUUCUGUAGAAGCAAGGGGGCCACCAAGGGCUGCUCGCCCCCCAUACCGUUUCUGCGAACCUCACCUGGUCAAGCUUCCACGAACGCAUGCUAGAACGUGAGGUUUUUUUAAUGUGACAAACUGGAAGGUGUUUGUUAAAGAAGCGUUUUUGCCUAUUCCUCCCCCAUUAGACAGGCAGUGAAAGGGAGGUUUGGAUGAUGGAAAUUCUGGUUGGUUUUCCUCGUUUUAACUCUCAGUGGGAACGGCUCCGUGGCCUGCGUCCUCGGCAGAGUGUUUUCUUUCCUCUAAGCCUUCCUCCCGGAGAAGAAUGCCACCGCUAAUAUGAUGUGAGCCGCUCCCCGUGCUUGCCGCAGCGCCUGGAUCCUCGGGCGGUUAGAGACGGGGACUCGCCUCUCGCCAAACUGCUCCCUCGGACAAGAUGAAGCCAAGGAGGAGCUUUCCGACGCGCUGGAGUCGCAGUGGCUGCUGCCCAAUUUAAAAUCCAUGUCAGACUGUGCCCCCGCUGCCCGGCAAGAUGAAAGAAGUGGUGUUGUGGUCACCUGAGGAGGUGACGAAUUGGCUAACGGAAAAUGCUGUGCCGGAGUACUGUGAGCCAUUGAAGAGCUUCACCGGGCAGGAUUUGAUCAACCUCACAGAGGAGGAUUUCAAGACGACACCUCUCUCCCGGGUGUCUUCCGACAGCGGACAGCGGCUAUUGCACAUGAUCGAAACUUUAAAAAUGGCUCACCACAUCGAGGUUCACAAAAACGGGCACGUCAACGGGCACAUUCGCGUCAGCGUGAGCGGCGCCACGCGCGAGAAUGGCUUUAGCAGUAAAAUGAAGCUGAACGGGAUGCCAAAUGGGUAUAAGAAGGAGAUGAUCCAGAUCCCCAUGCCAGAGCCAGAGCGCUCGCAGUAUCCUAUGGAAUGGCGCAAGACUUUCCUGGCUUUUAUUUAUGCACUUUUUUGUUUCGUCUUUACCACAGUGACUAUCUCAGUCGUUCAUGAACGAGUGCCUCCCAAGGAGGUGCAGCCUCCCCUACCAGAUGCAUUUUUUGAUCGCUUUGAUCGGGUGCAAUGGGCUUUUUCUAUUUGUGAAAUCAACGGCAUGAUCCUUGUAGGACUGUGGUUUGUUCAGUGGCUGCUCUUAAAAUACAAGUCUAUAAUAAGCAGAAGAUUUUUCUGUAUAGUUGGCACACUAUAUCUGUAUCGGUGUAUUACCAUGUACGUGACUACACUCCCAGUACCUGGCAUGCAUUUCAAGUGUUCUCCAAAGCUUUUUGGAGACUGGGAAUCUCACCUGCGGAGGAUAAUGAAGCUGAUUGCUGGCGGAGGGUUGUCCAUCACAGGAUCCCACAACAUGUGCGGCGACUAUCUGUACAGCGGUCACACCGUCAUCUUAACUCUUACGUACUUAUUUAUCAAAGAGUAUUCCCCACGGCGACUCUGGUGGUAUCACUGGCUUUGCUGGGCGCUCAGCAUGGUUGGGAUGUUCUGCAUCCUCCUUGCUCAUGACCACUACACUGUGGACGUGGUGGUGGCUUACUACAUCACUACAAGACUUUUCUGGUGGUAUCACACAAUGGCCAACCAGCAAGUGCUAAAAGAAGCUUCCCAAACCAACCUCCUAGCAAGGGUCUGGUGGUACAAGCCCUUCCAGUACUUUGAAAAGAAUGUCCAAGGAAUUGUACCUCGCUCCUACCACUGGCCCUUCCCCUGGCCGGUGCUGCACCGGGGCAGGCAGGUGAAAUACAGCCGCCUGGUGAACGACACGUAACGGCGCGCCGACGGGCAGCCGAGGGGCAGGGACCUGCUCCAAGUGCUAAGAACUCCCUGCGAGAAGAUGCCAUAAAAAAAAUCCGCCGUUCCCUAACCCUUUCUUUUAACGGUUCCCUUGACUUAACCUGUUCAGUUACCUGGUAAGCACUGUGAUCUUUUUUUCUCUCCAAAGGAUCUGCGUUGGACAACAAUAAAGAAAAUUUAACUUAUCAUGCACUGUUAUACAUUUCUUGUUAAUAGAUUUGGGAUUUGCAUUUACCCAUCACCAUGUUCCUUUGUAUAUGAU